AUGGCAUCCGGCCAAGCCCCCGGGUCUUCCGCUCCGUCGUCCAACAUCAACUCCCCGAUCCUACCUCCCAAUGGUGGACCUCUUCUAAAUGCGCAAUUCACCGACUUGAACCCACGAUCUUCUCCCGCUCCGUCCGUGCAAGGCGAUGGUCGAGCCAAGCGCAACAAGCGAGAUAGUCGCAAGAAACGUGAAGCCAAAGGACUAGACCCCGAAAACGCACCACCGCCGAAAAAGCGAGCCACAGCUGCACCGAGCCACGCCCUGCCCAGUUCAAAACUGAGCAUCCUUCGUCCAUUGUUGCUCGCCGAGCCGCACGCCUCGGAUCGGUACCCUCCACAACCUCGCCAAUUGAAUCGCGUGAGCCGAAAGACGUCGGACGUUUUGGGUCAAAGUUGGGAUUUCUAUGAGGUUGUUGAUAAACUCACCAACAAGAAUGGAUUUCGUUACAGCUAUGCCAUUGCAGACCCCGGAUUCCCUCAUAUCAAAUAUCGACAGACCGAUGUUCGCCCGUACCAUACCCGCUUCAGUUUCGAGGAUUCACCAGCUGCCAUAUCGUUUUCAGAGAGCGCGACUGCAGUGACUACCAGUGAUGCGUGGCAUACCGCCCGCGCUAAUGUAUGCGCUCGAGAGGGCACGUAUUAUUACGAAGCGCGUGUGAUUAGUGGCAUAGUCAAUGAUCCCCAGGCACCUCAGAACAGCAGACCCACAACUUCACCCCGUGGCCAUGUUCGUAUUGGAUUUGCCCGACGUGAGGCCGACCUCGAUGUGAAUGUUGGAGUGGAUUGCUAUGGGUACGGGAUUCGAGAUGUGAACGGCGAAGUCGUCAAUCGCAUGCGAUGCGAGUUCUUCUUUCCUAAGGGAGAGGCUAUCAAUGAAGGAGAUGUUAUUGGCAUGCUCAUCACUCUUCCGCCUCUUUCUCUUCACAAGAAAAUUGUCGAGGGUACAUACGAUCCCGCCGAUAAUAGUCCAUCACAACCGGUAGCAACCAACAUCAUCCGAGAUCGGAUUCCCUUUCACUAUAAGUCGGAUUUCUGUUGGCAGCAAUCCAAUGUCUUUUCUACGAAACACCUACGCGACUACGCUUUCAACCUCAAGGAAACACCGACGUUUGGUCCCCCGUCACCUUUCAACAGCGAAGACGCCACACUUCGCACACUCCCGGGGUCUAGUAUUACCAUUCUAAAGAACGGAGUACAGAUGGGCACCCCUUUCAAAGAACUUUAUGCCUUCCUCCCGCCCGCAAGUCGUCUCGCCAAUGGAACAAACAAUCUUGGUAUUGGCGAGCGUGAAAACGCCGACGACGGCUUGAUCGGUUAUUAUCCUGCUGUGAGUUGCUACGGCGGCGGCGCUGUCGAAUGCCGAUUUGAGGGGCCAUGGUGGGUUGGGCCACCCGAGAAGACUGAAACUGGAGAGCCAGUCCGGGCCAUGGGCGAACGAUUCAAUGAUCAGAUCGCCGAAGACGUGUUGGCCGAUAUCGUGGACGAGGUAGAAGCUAUGUUCACAUGGGGCGGAAUUGAUGGCGAUGUCAUCAAUAACAAUACCGAACUCGAUGGAGCUGGAGCUGGAGUUGUGGGAGGGGCAGAGGUGUUGAAGGGUGGUGUCGGUGCGGCGCUUGACUCUACCCUCGCCCAUACUCCUGGAACCGUUGGGGCAUCCGAUUCCGCUGCUAAUAGCAAUCGUGAGACACCAGCUGCAGGCGAUGUUGGGAACCACGGCCUCGAAGAUGCGAUGAGCGUCGGGACAGCUGGUACUCCCAACGUUGAAGUGCAGGGUGAUGGCGAUGUCGAGAUGACUUAA